AUGGAAGUCCCCAUUCAACCACUUCCAACUCGACCAAAAUUUCCGCGUACGCAUCCUCGUUUCCGCACGCUUCGUGCUGACGCCAAGCAAGAAGAUAUAUUAGCUGCAUCGACUUCCGAAAGUGUUGAUACCAAUUUUACACCACUUCCUCGCGUGGACAUGAAAAUAAAGAAGAGUGACUAUUACCAACCAAAGCACCCAACUGACUCCAAAACGCCCCCUCCCAAACAAUUCUUCAUGUCACGACAUCUUGCAAAUCGGCCUGAAAAAGAACUUGUUGGAUCAAUAAAAAAUGUUCGUGUGAAGGUCGACUCGAAUUGGUAUGCGAGUGGGUUCGUUAACAUUACCUUU